GAUCUCAGUCACUCCAGUGCCCAAACCGUUUUCGCGCGCUCUUCUUAGGCCUACUUUUAUGAAAUGUGACAUGUCUCGAAGAAUCAAAUGCAAUUAAUAAGUGCUGAAGACUGUUGAAGUCAAGAUGAGAAAGUUAGGAGUAAACCGUACUUCAGAUCUGCAACCAUUUCCGUACAAUACUCAGGAAAAUCUUGAGCGAUCAGAUACUGGUAGUCUUGUUGGAAGUAUUAGUUGUGAUGGUGACUUGGCAUAUCUUGCACGAGGCACAUGUUUAGAAAUUGUUAAUACCUGCGAUGGAAGUCGAAGAUCGGCCUGUAACUUAGGAGCAGUACGUGAUAAUAUUAAAAUUAACUGUUUAGUUGAGUAUUUCAUGGAAAACUCAAGAAAACUGUUGCUAGGACUCGAGGUCAUUGGAUGGAAGAGAAACGGUUUAUUGUGUGUGUUUGAUUUGGCGCUAGCAAAGGUUGUACGGGCAAUCUGGCUACCCCAAGCUGUUACUGCUAUUACUGCCAUUGGAAAUGUUACGGAUAUGGACUCAAAAAUAUCAAAUUUAAGCAAUGAACAUUCAAAGGGAAUUGUAAUUGUUGGCUGCCAAGGAGGCCAGGUUUUAAUUAUAAGAAUUGGGAAAAUGAAAUCUUAUGAUCAUAGAAAUGAUUUAAGUCUUCCUGCUGAUGUGGAAUACAUAAAAUUAAAAGAGAUUCUAAAGACCAAGGACUUGGAACUGAAAUCAUCUACAAACUACUGCAUUGAUUUAUCAAUAAAUUUUUGGAGCGAUGGUAGUUUCAGAUACUUGGACCAUAAGGGGAAACCACUGAGGGUUCUUCGAAGAGGUGAUGUUGCUGUGACCUCCUUGCUGGUAUUAAGGCAAGCAACACUGCUAGUUGUUGGGUUCAACUUUGGAUGUUUUCAGAUUUGGAAUCUCCAGUCCCUACAGCCAAUCUACAGCAGUCCAUAUAACCCUUCUGCAGCAGAUGUCACACACCUUGUCUUUCAAGAACCUGAAAAUGAUCCCCGCCAUUGCUGCUACAUUCUUGUUGGCAGAAGCCCUUCAACAAACACAUUGUUACCAACAACUUUAACAUUAUAUCAGCUUGUGUUUGGAUUCAAAGAUAUUGAUCCUGAGCAAGGAUUUAUAUACAGGGAGCUUGAAGGUGUUUGCGAGCGUUUCGAACAUCAGCUCACAUCGGAUUCAAAUCAUUUGGUUGACUCGGGGUCCAUCGGCAGCAGAAUCAUAGCGUGCUCAAAUCUAGCAAGAGAUGCCAAGCAGUAUCGACUUGAUCACAGCACUGGAGGGGCUUCAGAGGGUGAAUGUCAGCAUCUAGAUACGACGCUGUCAUACAUCGUCUGGGAAUCCCCACCCGAAGACAAGUCGCACCCUUCCUAUCAUUUAGGCCUAUUCGAUAUUAACAAGUGGUAUCACCUCCAAAUGCCUGAAUCUGUGAGGGAUGCGAUGUACGGAAGAAUGGACCCUGUUUGUCCCUUUUUCGCGUUCUAUUUACUAGAAGAAGUUGCUGAGGUGAUUCGUCCCGAUAUGCUUGUUGAUUGUUACAUAAAUCCAAAAGAUUUGAGCUCCUUCAAAUGUCCCAUUUAUCCAUCUUUGGAUCAAAACUUUUGGCCGUCAUCUUUGGCUUUCAAAUGUACCUGUCUUGCUGAGAGGGGGAUUGUAAAAACGGAGAUGCUUGGAUUGCAAAGACAGAUCCUGGCAGAUUUGGUUUCUAAAGGCAGCGACAUAUUUACGGAGCAUUAUGAUUUGACAAGUUUAUGUUGGUCCACUGGUCUCAUCUCAAAAAUCAACGAUUUGCCUUCAAGAUCUGACGAUCCACAGGUUAAAUUCGAAUGCCUGAUGUCUAUUGCCAUCGAACACAAUGUCAUGAGUUUCAUAAUGGGUUGCCUGCGGGACUGGAGCAGAGGAGAAAUAACAAACGCUGGAAGCUGCCUGAGGUCAAUGCUACAAUGGGUUUGGAAACGGGUGAUAAAGGCUAAGAGCACUCUUGAUGAACACUAUAUUGCUCUGUUUUAUUCUGAAAAGUCGAAAGUGGAUUCUGAAAUCGUUCAACAGCUAAGCAACUGUACAGAUGAACUCAAAAGACUGGUGCAGAUUUUGACGGCGCUGAGGGAAACUCCUGUGAAAAUUACUGAUGAGGGUUCUGCGAGUAUCGCGGUAAAGCUGACUGUCACAACAUGCAUUCAUCGCUACGCCGAAGCUAUCAUGUUUUUCCUUCGCUCGGGAAUAUUGCCCGAAUCAAAAGAGAGCAAGCAGCUCAAUUUCAAAAGUAUCGAGGACAUUGAUGACAAUCAUUUGUUUGUCCAUGGUUAUUGCAAAACAAUCGAACGAAAGAUUUUAGAGAACAAUAGCGAUGAUGAUUUUGGAUGGGAUGGAAAAUACCCUCCUCCUUCGGCCAACACUGUGUGCAAGUGUCUCCUCCUUGACGUCCCAAGAGAUGAUGUAAUGAAUUUCCUGUACUACUGGAUUUUAGAUGCAGAAGAUUAUCUUGGUAUAGAAAAGCUUGCCGAAAAUGCAUCUUUUUCCUUUGAUAUGCCCAAGACAAAGAAAAUGGUCGUCGAAGCAUUUUGGGAAAUUGAUCAUAAACUUCUUGAGAGUGGUGUUGAGAAAUUGGUUGAGUUCGGGCCGGAAUCAUUACCUAUGGCUAUGAACGCUGUUUACCACCACGGCAAUAAAUCUCUUGCCUGCAGUAUCUACAAAGCCAAGGAAAUGCUCUCUCCCGGGGACAUGGAUUGGAAAUUAUGCAUAAGAAUUCUCGUCGAACAAAAUGCCAUUUAUGAAGCUUAUAAUCUGCAGGGGAAAUAUCGUGAUAGUGAAAUUGGUUUUGAGUUAUUUCAUUACUUUCUGGAUGAGUGUAUGCAUAAUGGUGUGAUGGCAAAGCUGUUUGAUUUACAUUUAACGGAAGAAGAUGAGGAAUGGCUGUGUCAGUUUUUGCAAGAACAUGAAGAUCCUAUCUCAAAAGAACUUUUGAUAAUGUUCUGCAUAAAAAGGCAUCGCUAUGCAGAGGCGAUUCGACUCGGGGCGGAUUUUGAGAAAAGUCGACAGUUGAAUGAGAAGAGCUCUUUAUUUGGAGACAUCCCCUCAAGACGAGCCAUCCUCCAUAUGAGCGAUCAGAUUAUCUUACCCAUGCAAAGAAAGCUGUUGCAUUACCCCAUUGCGACUGUGAAUAAAGGGACUCUGUCAAUCAGAGAAGUACCUCGACCACAGCCUCUCUCUGCUUCGAUAGUCAAACGAGGUCCUGUCACUAUCGCGUCUCGAUCUGAUACAAUCUUCAAAAUUCUCCAUUCAGUCGAAGAAAGUAGACUCACACCUCAAAAAGUGACAUCACAAGAAUCAUUCAACCUGCCAUUUGUACGUAGUGCCAGCAAGCCUUUGUCUACAAGGAGAAAAAGACGAGAUUACAGCCUUGUGCGUCCUGAAGCCAAAGUGAAUGCUGCUACGACUGGAAGAAAGUCCAUCAUAAAACCUGUUAUUCCUGACACCAGUAAGAGUGACGUACCGAUAAAACGAAGGAAGCAUUUAUUCUACGGGGCUGAGGCCAUGAAGCUGCUACAAACGCCUCCUGUUAUCAAGGAUCCGCUACAGUUGAAGCAAAUUAGAAGCCAUCAAACUCCUGCAUCGAUACUAAAACCCUCAAACAAAAAAUUCACAACAGGGAAGUCAGCGAGAAAGAGAGUUGUUAUAUCUGAUCCAAACGUAUCGUUUUCCCCCGUCAAAAUACCCGACUCUCCUACCCAGCCGCCUGAGUCACCUUCGUUCCUAACACCAGAAGUUUUCAAGCAUGAAACGAAGCACGAAGCGAAAGCAAAUAAUGAUAAAGAUGACGAGGAAUCUCUUCCUGAUAACGAUGACGUCAAAAGAAACCUCAGUUUGGACCUUGAAGAAUCAAAGGUGGAACCACCAGGCGACCAUGUGGCGGAGCCUGUUUCCCCGAAAGAGGAAGACGACGGAGAAUGUGAAAUAACUUUCAAGUCCAAAGUGCUAGACAUGACAAAUGCAGUCCUUGACCAAACCAACAUUAAACAAGCUGAAUUAUGUUUCACUGGCGGAAGUGAUACUGCCUCUGCUGCCUCGCAAGCCCGCACUUUUAAGGUUCCGGAUACGGAAUCAGCGAGUUCGGGUAAACCGGCUAUUGAACCGCCUGCUCAACCGCUCGAGAUUGAGGAACGAAUUGAUACACCUGGACUUAAAACCGUCUUGCCGAAUGCAGAGAAUACAGUAACGAUCAAAGAUGAAAUUACAUCACAUGAUGUUGUGAGUAAACAGGCUGAAUGUAGUCAAACGGAUGACGUAACGGAAGCAAAACUUAUAAAACAAGAUAAGCAGUCAAAUAUAUCUCCUGGGGAUUUAAUUGUUGAUUCGACAGAAGGAGAGGAUGUCUAUCCAGAAAAAGCAAAUGAAGAACUGCCUCAUAGUGCUCCUUACGUUCUUGAAAGUGAGACAGUUACCAUAGUGAAUACUGAAACGGAACAUGAAAAGGAGACCGGAACUCAAGACGAGUCCAUAUUAGAAGUUGAAACAGAAACAGAAGAAACUGAAGAAACUGCAAAACAGAGUGAAAAACAAGAAUUUGAAGAGGAGGCUGAAGUAGCUGAAUCAUCAAAAAUCGAAAAUAACACAAAUGACGAUGAGAAGGAUGGUGGACAUGGCAAAGAUGAUUCUCCAAGUUUCACCUUAGAACUGGAACCAGAGCAAUUGGAAGAUGGGGAAGAUACUGAGCCAGAAGUAAGUAUCAAUUUCAAAAGGGAAGGUGAGUUGGUUGAUCCCAGGCUGGAGUUAUCUCCUGAGCUACAGUUCAGACCACGAGUAGGUGCAGAGGCAAAUCCUGGUACCUCUUUUGAGCAGAAGAGAAACAACAAUGACGUCAGCAUGAAGGCGUCGGUUAAGGAGGAAGCUUUGGUUCCAGAUGCAAUGGUUUGCGUCGAGCCGGAAAGUGAUACUGAGAAUAACGAGGAGCAUAAUUUGUUGCCAUGCUUGAAGAUAGAAAUGCCAAGCCUUAGGAAACCAGUGCUUAGUUUAACAACGCCAGUUAGUGAAUUAAGCACUCCUAAUUUUGAUUUAGGCCCAUUUAAUCUAAAUCCUUUUGCUCCAAUUUCUACUAAAGAUGUAGACGUAACGAUCGAAAAUGCUCCUGUCUCUUCAGACUUCACAUUACCCAGUUUAAGAAACCCAGUACCCCAAGCUGCUGCUGUUCAAGGAGUUUUAAAAGAGGGCAGAGGAAACCUUAGAGUUUAUGUUGAUUCAAUUGACAUUACAAAAGAGAUGAGGCAUAUGGAUUCGUCAUUUGAAUCGCAGGAAAGCAGUUUUUUGUCAUCAGCAACGGAUUUUGACAGCAAACCUUUGGAUUUUGGAUAUCUGACAGACGAAAAAGGGGCGACACCUCCCAAACAAGCAAAAACUGCCCCAGAUAUUUCCAGAGUAUCCACUAGGAGGAGAGGUCCUGAAAAACCAUUAGAAAAAAACGAAAGCACGCCGGUGAAAGCAAGGAAAUCUUUGUCUCCCACAAAACAAAAGCGUCGCUCCUUCCAGACACCAAGGCGAUCACCAAAAGAUGUUGGCUACACUCCACCCGUCACUAGGCUCUCUGCAAAGAAGGGUACCCCCGUCACUGUUUCAGGCUCUGUAAGCCGCUUGCAAGAAAUCGGGGAAAACAGUUUACUAAGCUCAAGUGUCAGUGAGAGCCCAAUAUCAUUCACUCCUUUAAGCAACUCAACGAAAAAGAAACCAAGGGGUCGGCCUAAGAGGUACUCCUUACAAAGUCCAAUGGUUUCCACCACGCACGGAAUGACUCUGCGCUCGCGAACAAAGAAUACAACACCAGAACGAGUUUAAUGCAAAAGAGGCUUUAUCGUGAUGGGUGCGCGCUGAUGUGCCUAUCCAGGACCCUCGACGGGAGCAAUAAGCUUUUAAUCCACCUAAUAAUUCUGUAUGAAUUAGUUAAUUAAGCGAUUAGCAUUUGCUGGUAGCUUCGAAAAUCGUCACUUUUGAUAUACGAUUUGCUCCAAUAAUGAAAAACAUUUAUCACGAGUGGGGCAUUUUUUGGUUAUGUUAAUUAUACAUGGGUCUGGUUUUUGCUUUUUGUGGAAAAAUUAUUUAUGAAACAGGAGAUGCAGGAGUUGAUUAAGAGGAACGGAGAGGGACACUGCUAACACCAGAGGGUCCUUUCAAGCAAGGUGCAUUUUUGAUUAAUUGUAUUGCCAAGCUUGGCUUAUUUAAGUGUUAAACACAUAGGAGUGCGUGCUAUUCACAAAGCUCUACACUAGAAUUAAAGUCUAUCCUUGACAAAAUUGGAUGCAAGAAACUCUUCACAGAAUGGGACACAUUGCAACGUUUCUUCCCAUCCCGGCUUCCUUCGACAGAACACACAUUCGCAAUCUAAAUAGAAACUUUUGCCCUUAUCUUGGAUUUUUAUCAAACCAGAAUUUGCGUCUUGCUGUUUUAAAAUCACAUCUUUGAAUUUCUUAAUGCUAAUAAACCUUAAAUGAAUUUAAUGGCUAGCAAUUAAAAUCUUUAGGUUUGAUGACGUCAUUAGAUGCAAUACGCAGCCCUGUUGUGUCAGUAGUUACGUUAAUUAUAUGUAUUUUGUCCAUGCUAGAAGAAUUGAAGACUGUUUGUUUUCUACA